AUGGCGCCCGCAGCGAAUACAGCAAGACAGAGAAGAAACACUGCAGCCGCAUCAUCCGACUCAGACGCCGAGUAUCAAGCCUACAAUGGACGGCUAAAGGAAGCCAGCGCUGCGAGAACCCGGCUGCGUAAAGCAAAACUCAACCGAGACAAACAUCGAGAUGCUCUCAAAACCGCUUACGAGGCAGCUCUCAAGCAAACCGAGUCCCGCAUCCAAAACUCCGUUGCCAAGCACAAUGACCCCCGCACAGCAAUCCACAUCUCACAUCUCAACCGUCUCAAAGAAGCCCUCAACCGGCGUGACGAAAAGGCCAGCGAAAUUGCACGUCGCCUAGCCGAGCACCAGCGGCGGAUGCUGAACUUGGCGAUUCAGCUGCAAGCGCUCUAUGAGGGGCGGAGGGAGGAUAUUGGGGGGUUGUUGAAGGAGGUGGAGGGGGGAGAUGGGAGGGGUGGUGAGGGCCAGGGCCGUGGGAGUGGUGGCGGUGGUGGUGGUAGUGGAGGUGGUAAGGGUUCGGGUGGCGGGGUGGUGGUAGAUCUGGAGUAA